GACUCGGUGUACUACUGGGCUUAUAAGAAUGACAUCCCAGUGUUUAGUCCCGCCCUCACUGACGGCUCAUUGGGUGAUAUGAUCUAUUUCCACUCAUAUAAGAACCCUGGCCUGCUGCUUGACAUUGUGGAGGAUAUCCGGAGGUUGAACAGCAAGGCUGUGUUUGCCAAGAGCACAGGGAUGAUCAUUCUCGGAGGAGGACUCGUCAAACAUCACAUCGCCAACGCUAAUCUCAUGAGGAAUGGAGCAGAUUUUGCGGUGUUUGUCAACACUGGUCAGGAGUUUGACGGCUCCGAUUCAGGCGCUCGGCCAGAUGAAGCCAUUUCUUGGGGAAAGAUCCGCAUGGACGCCUCACCUGUAAAGGUCUACGCUGAUGCUUCUAUAGUCUUUCCACUUUUAGUGGCUGAAACUUUUGCACACAACGCCAGCAGGUUGAUCAAGGAAAAGACGAGCGAUUGAAGGUGUUUUUCUCUUGUGAAACCUAUUUAAAAACUUCACCCCUCCUCGCAGUCUUCCUGUUUGCUUGUUUUUCAGUGCAGAUGGUUUAAAAGCUCUAUUUAAAUGCAUAAAAUCAUGUAUAGUUACCCAUUUAAACAAACAAACAUCUUAGUUUCUUAUGGUCUUAGUGUACUAAAGUCUGGUCAGAUAUGUUCAAAGACAACUUUACAAGGUUAUCUUUAAAGUUGGAUUAUAUUAUAUAUAAUUUUUAGUUUACU